AUGGUUGGAUCUGGAAGUUCUGAGGUGAGAACUCCGAUCUUCUCCGGUGAGAACUACGAGUUCUGGAGGAUUAAGAUGAUGACGAUUUUCAAAUCUCAUGGGUUAUGGAGAUUGGUUGAAAAAGGGGUUACGAUCUUAGAGUCAAAGAAGAAGAAGGCUGAAGGAAGCUCAGAGGGAGAAGAAGACGAUGAGAAAAUGGUCGCAGCAUAUAUGCAAGAUGCAAAGGCUCUAGGUAUUAUACAAAAUGCGGUUUCUGAUCAGAUUUUUCCUAGGAUUGCCAAUGGCGACUCAGCUAAGAUGAGAACAUUUGGUGAAUCCCUUUCUAAUGAGAGACUUGUGCAGAAGGUUCUGAUUAGUCUAAGUAAACCUUAUGAUUCCAUCUGUUUAGUUAUAGAAAACACAAAGUGUCUAGAGUAUGUUGAGUUGCAAGAAGUGGUUGCAAUUUUGAAGAGUCAAGAGCAACGAUUUGACUUGCAUAAUGUUGAUACCACUGAGAAGGCUUUUGCAUCAUUCUCAGUAAGUCCAAAGGGGCAAAAUAGAAGUGGAGUUCAAUCUGGCUCAUCAAAAUUCCAGAAGAAUUGGAAUGCUAAGGGAAAGAAAUGGGAUUCGAAAUCUCGAUUCCAACAGAAACCUUUCACUAGUCCUGCACCAAAUCCAUAUCAGUCACAGUCAAUGAGUCAAGAGACUGUCAAACCACAGUGUAGAGUGUGUUCUAAGUAUCAUUUUGGUGAAUGUCGAUAUAAGGGUAAGCCUAAGUGUUAUAAUUGUGAUAAGUUUGGUCAUUGGGCUAGAGAAUACACUGUAGGGAAGAUUGUGCAAAAGGCAAACUCUGCAAAUCAGGUGGAAGUGUCAGGAAAUUUGUUUUAUGCUAAUAGUGCAAUCUCGGAAAAAAUAUCAAUGGGAAUUGGUAUGUUGACAGUGGUUGUAGUAACCACAUGA